UAUAUAUAGAUUUAGUGGUGGGGUUUUGUUUUGGCAUUGUCAUCUUCAUCAGAAACUCUAAACAAAUAAAAAAAAAUGGAGAGAAAAAUGAAGAGAGAUUCUUUUCAAUUCUGAAUUCCGAGUUCUUUCAUGGCAGAUCCGUUCGCACAUUCGUCAGGAAAACGAUCUUUCGCUUGAAAAUUUGGUAUCUGAACGAAAUAACAAGGACGCAUUUUCUUUUUCCAUUUUAAGAGGAGAGAAUGCAAAUAUAACUGUUGGAUGAAUCCUUAUUGCCAUGCCUAAGAUAUGGUGUUGAAGAAAAGGCUAGAAUACGGAUUCAAUGGCUUUCAGGUCCCUACCAUACCUAGAGCUCCCAGAUCAGCUAGGAGGGGCUCAAAUAAGAAGAAAGCAGAUGACAGUCAAAUAUGUGCAUUUGAAUUACUGGCUUCUUUAGCUGGACAGUUAUUGCAGGAGUGUGAAAGUGCUUCUUCUGCCUCUAGUAAUGCUUCUGAAGGAAAUAAUCAGCCUGCUUUUGGUAAAGAUGUUAUCACGCAGGAGAGACAAGAUGGAGAUAAGCUAUUGAAAGAAGAGUGCUUUGAACAGGGAAGCUCAGAAGAGAGUGCUUUUGUAUCUGAGAUCAACUCACCAGACAUUGAUCAGAAGUUUAUUCUGAAAGAGUCCCCAAAUGCCAUUUCAGAGCACAUUUCAAACAAAUGUGACUUCUUAGAUAAAGUCAAUGGUGAUGUCAAAUCUAUAAUUUGCAAUACUAAGCCCAGGUUUCAGAAUUAUCCCUCUAAAGUAGAGGGAGACUGCCCUCUUAUUGAGGAGUCUUGUGAUGCUAAUAUAGGGACUGGAAUUGAAGGACAGCAGAAGGGUGAGAAUUUAGAGACUGCUGGCUUGACUAUGGCUAACAAAUGCAGCUCCAAUGACCCAAUGGAGCUGCAAGUGGAAUUCCCGGCAGUGGUCAAUUCGGACAAUGAUGUCAAAUUACCGUUGCCUAGGGAACCUGUUCCUAGUGCUUCUUUUUCCAGGCAUAGGAAUAACAUUAAGUUAGUUGGUAGAGAUGAUGAAGAAAACUUUUCUAGAUGCAAUAAGCCCAGCAAUAACAUUAGGGCUUAUAAGCCUCCAUCACGUAUUGGAGACCGUAGAAUAAGGAAGUUGCUGACGUCCAAGUACUGGAAAGUGGGCCCAAAUUUAAAGUAUUGUGAAGUUCUUAAAUCUGAUGAGGGAAUGAAAGCUCUAUAUAACAAGAGAAAAAGCUGUUACAACCGCGACAGAUGUCAGCAUGACACUGUUUAUAAGAGGAGGAAGUUAUUCGACCGAAGCUCAAUGGUGUUGUCCGAUGGAGGGUUCAGUAGUGAAAGUGUUUCUAAUUCUCCAGAGAAUGGCAGAAAGGGAGAUACAAGUUGCUCUAAUGGAACGAUACAUGGAGCAAAUGGGGUAUCAUCUUCAGUCAUUAGUCGCCAAGCAUCUUUCAACUCUAAGGAUGCUCAUGUGAAAUUUAGUAUCAAAUCCUUCAAGAUACCCGAACUUUAUAUCGAGGUCCCAGAAACUGCAACAGUUGGUUCUCUGAAGAGGACAGUUAUGGAGGCAGUUACCGCUAUUCUUGGAGGUGGGUUACAUGUUGGGGUCCUUUUUGAAGGGAAAAAGAUUAGAGAUGACAACAGAACUCUUCUACAGACAGGUCUUUCUUUUAAAGAUAACAUCGAUGCUCUGGGCUUUACAUUGGAGCCCAAUAUUAUGCAAGCUUUUCCAGCUCUAUGUUCUGAAGAUCAACGUCCUUCAUUGUCAUGUGAUACACCUGAACCAUUAGCUAGGUCUCCAGUUACCCCUGUAGUAGACACAGAGAUUUCCGAUGCCUUACCUGAACUCCCUCCUUCCGUUACCAAUACAGAAACUCAUGCUCUGAAUAAUCAUGAAACUGUUUGCUCCCAGACUGAUGUAUUGACUGACAGCACAAUGCCAGAUUCUCGAGCUCUAGUUGUGGUUCCUCCAGUGAGUGUGGAAGCACUUGCUGUUGUUCCUGUGAACCCCGAGAAUAAGAAAUCUGAGCUUGUGCAGCGGCGAACCAGGAGACCAUUCUCUGUGUCGGAAGUAGAAGCAUUAGUUCAGGCAGUCGAGGAACUUGGAACAGGAAGGUGGCGUGAUGUUAAAUUGCGUGCUUUCGAGGAUGCAGAUCAUCGAACUUAUGUGGACUUAAAGGAUAAAUGGAAAACAUUGGUUCAUACAGCAACAAUCUCACCUCAGCAAAGGAGGGGAGAGCCUGUUCCUCAGGAGCUCUUGGACCGAGUAUUGGCUGCCCACGCGUACUGGUCUCAGCAUCAAGCUAAGCAACAUGGCAAGCCUCAGAGCGGUACUCUGAAAAUAGCGCAGGCACCAACAGAUAAACAUGGUGUUGAAGGUAUCUGUUCAUCAUGAUGUAAAAAGAAAAAAAAAAUGUUUGACAAGAAACGGGAAAAAAAACUUGUACAAAUCACGCAACUGUAAUAUUUCUCACUCACAUUGUUCAUUGCCAACUCUAGUGUCAAGAGAGGUUGGCAUUUGUAAAUGAUUUGUUGGAAUAAGAUGAUUCUAACAAACUUAAUUGUCUCUUUUAUUUAAUUGAUUCAAUUUCACGAAUUCACAAUGUAGAAAUUUGAAAGAAACAGAACAGGAA